GUGCGCCAUCCUGCCUCGGUUCAUCCAAACAAAAACAAGGAAGGAAUGUGCACAAAGGCUCUGCAGCAACCCGCGGUGCAAGUCCCAAUUAGACUCAAGACAGAAACAAAUUCAGCAAUGAAUACAUAUGUAAAGAAUGAAUAGGAGCAGAUCCUGGAUGCUUAGUGAAACCAGCUCUCACUUCCCAUCAAAUGAGAAGCCUCUGUGUCUUCAAAUGAAAACCAAGGAAGCACACCCCAGAGUUGAAUACAACAAAAUAUCAGGCAAUGCCUUCGAAGAGCAAUUUUCUUUGCCACCCAAGAGUGUAGCUGUGCCAGUGCAAAAGGAAUUAAUGGAUAUGGAAAGCUGCUUUACUUUGGAUUUACCUUCGAAAUCCAGGCUGUCCUUGGCAUUUAAAAGUCUGAUAGGUUCAGGGAUCGCCUCUAGCUUCCCAGGACAGCCAGCCACGGAUCCUGUGGGCAGGAGGGCUGCCAAGGCCCAGUUGGAGGCUCAAUUUAUGGCGGCCCGGGGGAAGAAGCAUGCAGGAAAGGAUCCAGUCAGUGAUGAACAUGAGGAAAGAAACCCUUUUACAGAAACAAGGGAGGAAGAUGUGACUGAUGAGCAUGGGGAAAGAGAACCUUUUGCUGAAAAAGAUGAACACACGGGGACUAAUACCAAGAAGCCAGAAGAUACUGCAGAGGAUCUUACUGCAAAAAGAAAAAGGAUGAAAAUGGAUAAAGCUUGCAGCAAAACAAAGACCAAAAGUAAAAGUGCUUUGAGAAAAAAACAACUUAAAAGGCUGAAACGUGAUUAUAUGCAUUCUCUGAAGUUGCUGAAUGUCCUUGAAGAAUACAUCACAGAUGAGCAGAAAGAGGAGGAAGAGGAAGAGGGAGAAGAAGAAGAACUAAUUAAAAUAUUUCAAGAACAACAGAAGAGGUGGCAGCAAUAUAGAAGUGUUAGGAGAGAGAGGCUGAACGAGAUGAAGCUGCUACGUGACCAAUUCUUAAAGCACAUUAGCAAGUUGUCAUCGGACAAUCACUUCUUCUUCAUGUAG